GCUCUUUGUUAUCUUCCUUAUUCAAUCAUACAGUCCUGUUUAUCUUAUCUUAUUCUAUCAUUAUCUUUGAAAUAUCAUAUCUAUCCAAUUUUAUCUCUACUGGCGUAAAAUAGCAAGUAGGCUGCAAAUGACAAAAAAGAAAAAAAAUCAGUUGAACCGUGGAGUAUUGGAGUCUAUAUAGCUAAUUAUUUUUCUCAACCCAAUUUCUGUUCCAAUUUCCACACCACUUCUGGCGAAACAGUCUCUCUCACUCUCUCUCUGACAGGCGAGUCUUCGAAUUUCAGCACAAUAAUUAAGAAAGGAUUAAUUGUUUUAUUAUGGAUCAAAUGGCCAUGGGACAAUACUUUCAAGAGAACUUCACUUUAAGCGACUCAAGUGAAAGUAAUGGAACUUUCCUACAGAAGUGCAGUUCUGACUAUGUCACAGAGGAUAAUGUCGAACAAGGUACAAAUGGAGGUUUUGACUGCAAUAUCUGUCUAGAUUUUGUGCAUGAUCCAGUAGUCACCUUUUGUGGCCAUCUCUACUGUUGGCCUUGCAUUUACAAAUGGAUUCACUACCAGAGUGUCUCUGCCGAAAAGCUAGACCAGCAAGAGCCACAAUGCCCGGUAUGCAAGGCUGUAGUUUCAAAGGAAACAUUAGUCCCACUUUAUGGUCGUGGCCAAACUACUAAACACUCUGAAGCCAAGGCUCCACAUCCAGGUCUGGUCAUACCACAAAGACCUUCCACUCCGAGAUGCGGAAGCCGCAUUCCUACAACAACUCCCUCUAUGCAGCCAGUUCAACGAUUGCAUAAUCGCCAAAAUCAAAAUCAACAUUGGCCUGAUUAUUCAAUGCCAGGCAGCUACAGUUCCACACCGGUGCUCAGCCUCAAUAGUAGCAGAACUGGCACAAGCCAAGGAAUGGUUUACUCAAGGCUCUUUGGAAUCUCAGAAACAACACUGUUCAACACAAGCUCUUAUAAUAUAAUAAUUAACAGUAAUCCAAGACUUAGAAGGAAUGUUAUGGAGGCUGAUAAGUCACUAGGCAGACUUUUGUUUUUCCUGUGCUGUUGUAUGAUCUUAUGCCUUUUUUUGUUCUGAAGUUCUCGUUGUUUGCACAUCAUGUAUACUCUGUAAAAAAACAAAAAGUGCUGUCUAUAUUUACCUCCAUAUACAUAGCCGCCCUGAUGUAAUAGAUGAUAGGUAUAUAAUGGGUGUAGCUUUGCUUUCUACUGUUCAUAUAUAAGUACUCUAAUUGUAUACUACAGUCCACAAGUGGAUUUUACUUUUAGAUAAUGGAUGUAGCUUUGCAUUCUAUUGUUCA